GAUGGAGGCCAGGUCGGGGACCAGAAAUCCGUGCUCUAUGUCCUGACAGGCACCACAGUCCCUGACCUCAUUGUCAGCACCCAGCACCAGAUGUGGCUCCUGUUCCAGACCGACAGUGUCAGCAACCUGCUGGGCUUCAAAGCCACCUACGAAGAGAUUGACCAGGGCAGCUGUGGGGACCCCGGCGUCCCCGCCUUCGGUUUCCUGCUUUUUCAACUUCACCAGCCCGUCGGGGACCGUGCUGUCGCCCAACUACCCCGAGGAGUACGGGAGCAGCCUGCACUGCGUGUGGCUGAUCAUCGCCAACCCCGAGAGCCGCAUCCACCUGGCCUUCAACGACUUCGACGUGGAGCCCCAGUUUGAUUUCCUGGCUGUCAAGGACGGUGCCACGGCCGAGUCGCCCGUGCUGGGCACCUUCUCAGGGAGCCACAUCCCCUCCUCGCUGACCAGCAGCGGCCACGUGGCCAGGCUGGAGUUCCAGACUGACCACUCCAUGGAGAAGAGAGGGUUCAACAUCACCUUCACCACACCCUGUGGGGGCCACCUGACGUCACCCAGUGGCACCAUCCUGUCCCCAGGCUGGCCUGGCUUCUACAAGGACUCGCUGAGCUGUGCCUGGGUCAUCGAGGCCCAGCCUGGCUACCCCAUCAAGAUCACCUUUGACAGCUCUCUGUGGGGGCUACAUCCGUGGCUCCAGUGGCACCAUCCUCUCCCCAGGCUUCCCUGAUUUUUAUCCCAACAACUUGAACUGCACCUGGACCAUAGAAACAUCCCAUGGCAAAGGUCUACGAUGGCACCAACAGCUCUGCCCGCCUGCUGGGCACCUUCAGCCGCUCGGAGCUGCUGGGCACCAGCAUCAACAGCACCUCGAGCUCCAUGUGGCUGGAGUUCAUCACUGACACUGCCAACACCAGCAAGGGCUUCGAGCUGCAGUUCUCCAGUUUUGAGCUCAUCAAGUGCGAGGACCCCGGCGUGCCCCAGUUUGGGUACAAGGUGCACGACGAGGGACACUUUGCUGGCAGCUCAGUGUCCUUCAGCUGUGACCCUGGCUACACGCUGAGAGGCACCAGGGUGCUGGUGUGCCUGACUGGGGAGAGGAGAGCCUGGGACCAGCCCCUGCCGACCUGUGUGGCUGAGUGUGGAGGGACAAUCAGAGGAGAAACCUCGGGACGGAUCCUUUCUCCAGGAUACCCAACUCCCUACGACCACAACCUCAACUGCAUCUGGACCAUCGAGGCAGAGCCUGGGUGCACCAUUGGGCUCCAUUUCAUGGUUUUCCACACCGAGGAGUUCCACGACGUGCUGCGGAUCUGGGACGGGCCGGUGGAGAACGGGAUCCUGCUGAAGGAGAUGAGCGGCUCGGGGCUGCCUGGGGACAUCCACAGCACCUUCAACUCCGUCAUCCUGCAGUUCAACACCGACUUCUUCACCAGCAAACAGGGCUUUGCCAUCCAGUUCUCAGUGUCCACAGCCACGUCCUGCAACGACCCAGGAAUCCCCCAGAACGGGAGCCGGAGCGGGGACAGCCGGGAGGCCGGGGACUCCAUCACCUUCCAGUGCAACCCCGGCUACACCCUGCAAGGGGAGGCCCAGAUCACCUGUGUGCAGAUCCAGAACAGGUUCUUCUGGCAGCCAGACCCUCCCACCUGCACAGCUCCGUGUGGCGGGAUCCUGACGGGCCCGGCUGGGGUGAUCCUGUCCCCGCAGUACCCGGAGCCGUAUCCCCCGGGGAAGGAGUGUGACUGGAAGCUGACAGUGUCCCCUGACUAUGUCAUUGCCCUGGUGUUCAGCGUCUUCAGCCUGGAGCCUGGCUACGAUUUCCUGCACAUCUAUGACGGGCCUGACUCGCUGAGCCCCCUGAUUGGGAGUUUUUAUGGCUCCCAGCUGCCAGAGAGGAUCGAGAGCAGCAGCAACAGCCUUUUCCUGGCGUUCCGGAGCGACGCCUCCGUCAGCAACACCGGCUUCGUCAUCGAGUACACAGAGAACCCGCGGGAGUCCUGCUUUGACCCAGGCUCCAUCAAGAAUGGCACCAGGGUGGGCACAGACCUGAAGCUGGGCUCCACCAUCACCUUCUACUGUGAUGGGGGCUACGACAUCGAGGGGGGCCCCACCCUCACCUGUGUGAUGGGAGGGGAUGGGAAACCCACCUGGAACAAGCCACGCCCCACCUGUACAGCUCCCUGUGGAGGGCAGUACACAGGCUCAGAUGGAGUCGUCCUGUCCCCAAAUUAUCCCCAAAACUACACCAGUGGCCAGGUGUGCCUGUACUCCAUCGUCGUGCCCAAGGACUAUGUGCUCUUCGGGCAGUUUGCCUUUUUCCAGACGGCGCUCAAUGACGUGGUGGAGGUGCACGACGGCCCCACGGAGCACUCCCGGCUGCUCAGCUCCCUCUCAGGCUCUCACUCAGGGGAAUCUUUGCCAUUGGCCACCACCAACCAGAUCCUCAUCAAAUUCAGCUCCAAGGGUCAAUCCACAGCCAAAGGCUUUCAUUUUGUCUACCAAGAUCCAGGUGAUCAGUUUUGUCACAGAGCAGAACUGGGAUUCCCUGGAAGUGUUUGAUGGAGGAGACAACACAGCCACCAUGCUGGGCAGCUUCUCUGGAACCACAGUGCCUGCUCUGCUCAACAGCACUUCAAACCAGCUCUAUCUGCAUUUCUAUUCCGACAUCAGCGUCUCUGCCGCCGGCUUUCACCUGGAAUACAAAACCGUGGGUCUCUCCAGCUGCCCCGAGCCCGCAGUUCCCGGCAAUGGGCUGAAGAUCGGCGAGCGCUACCUGGUGAACGACGUGGUGUCCUUCCAGUGCGAGCCGGGCUACGCCCUGCAGGGCCACUCUCACAUCUCCUGCAUGCCGGGCACGGUGCGCCGCUGGAAUUACCCUCCACCCCUCUGCAUUGCCCAGUGUGGAGGAACAGCAGAAGAGAUGGAAGGAGUGCUCCUGAGCCCAGGAUUCCCGGGGAAUUACCCCAGCAACCUGGACUGCACGUGGAGGAUCCUGCUGCCAGUGGGGUUUGGUGCCCACAUCCAGUUCCUGAACUUCUCCACGGAGCCCAACCACGACUUUGUGGAGAUCCGGAACGGGCCCUACGACACCAGCAGCGUCAUCGGGCGCUUCAGCGGCGCCGAGCUGCCCGGCUCGCUGCUCUCCACCUCCCACGAGACCACCGUGUACUUCCACAGCGACCACUCCCAGAACAAACCCGGCUUCAAGCUGGAGUACCAGGGAACUGGGACCACCCCCUGCCCAGGUGUGAAGUGCCUUGUGGGGGCAAUGUCACAGCCCAGAAUGGGACAGUUUACUCUCCUGGCUUCCCCAACCAGUACCCAAACUCCCAGGAUUGCACCUGGCUGCUGACAGUGCCCGUGGGUUAUGGGAUCCACCUGAACUUCACCCUGCUGCAGACAGAGCCCUACAACGACUUCAUCACUGUCUGGGACGGGCCCCAGCAAACAGCCCCACAGCUGGGGGUGUUCACAGGCAACUCAGCCAAGAAAUCUGCCCAGAGCUCCUCCAACCAGGUCCUGCUGAAAUUCCACAGCGACGGCGCCAACGGGGGCAUCUUCGCCAUCUACUUCUAUGCACCCCCAGGGCCACUUCCACUGGCGGGAAGCCAUCCCCCUGUGCCAAGCCCUCUCCUGUGGCAUUCCCAGAGCCCCAAGGAACGGGGUUGUCUUUGGCAAGGAGUACACGGUGGGCACCAAGGCCGUGUACCAGUGCAAUGAGGGAUUCCAGCUGCAGCCGGGCGCCGCGCCCAGCACCGAGUGCCUGCAGGAUGGAGUGUGGAGCAACGGGAACCAGCCCCCUCUGUGCCUGGCGGGGCACUGUGGCGUGCCCAGCCCCAUUGUGAACGGGCAGAUCAACGGGGAGAACUACAACUACCGUGGCAGCGUGGUGUACCAGUGCCAGCCCGGCUUCCGCCUCAUCGGCAUGUCCGUGCGCAUCUGCCAGCAGGACCACCGCUGGUCCGGGAAAACGCCUGUCUGUGUGCUUAUCUCCUGUGGGGACCUGCCCACGCCUCCCAACGGGAACAAGAUCGGGACCCUCACCAGCUACGGGGCCACUGCCAUCUUCUCCUGCAACACUGGCUACACCCUGGUGGGCUCCCGGGUCAGGGAGUGCAUGGCCAACGGGCUCUGGAGCGGGGCUGAGGUCAGGUGCCUGGUGGUGUCGUGUGGCCACCCCGGGUCCCCUCCCCACGCGCAGAUCUCGGGGGACAAGCACACG